UCUAUAAAGGCUUGUUUAUAUCGCGUCAUACGACAACUCGUGUUAGAAUGGGAAAAGAGGAAAGUUAAAAUCAAGGACGUUUGCAGAAGGUUUUCUGUAGUAAUCAAAGUUACAAUGAAUGACGAUCUCUCGGACACGAUAGAGCAAGCAUUGAAAUAUGCGUCUCCACUUCCGGUGACGUCAACAGAUGAUAACAUGACGAUAGAUACACCGGAACCGGAAGGUAAAAUUGAAAAUAUUAUAGUGCACGAAGAUGAGUGUGUGACAAAACUUGAGGAAUUUUUAUGUGGCAUUUCUGAAGACAACGGCGUAGAUGAGGAACUCAACAAUAUUUUGUUUCCAGAUUGCUGGGAGAAAUCGCGACCAUAUUUGUCUCAAGAUUCAAUAUCCUCUCUCGAUGCUUUGGGUGUGUCGGAUCAGAACUAUUCCAUUCAUUCCAGUGUCAUACAGAGCCAAGAUCGUCAUUCUGAUGUAACAGAUAAAGUUAAAGAUAGUCCUGACCUCGCAAAUAGCGUAGAACUUGAAAAUCUUGAUUUUGGUCAUGUUGAAACAUGUGCCAUUGACGAAUCAAAAGAUUCGGAGUUAUCGCAGAUUCUGUCAGAAGCGGCACUAACUGAUGUACAUCCAAAUAAAGCUUCCGGUCUGGUAAGUGAUGUUUUUGACAAAACGGAAGUAGGCAACAUUUGUGAACAAAUGCAGGGCAAACUUUCAAAAGAUUUUACGUCUUCCAUUGUUUCCAGCGAAACAGAUGAGCUCAAACCGAAGGUAAAACGCAGACGGCGGCGAGAAAAGAAUCCUGAUCCAGCCCCGCCGCCAGUUCUUCCUCCGUGUAGCAUCUGUGAUGAAAAAUCUUCCGGUUAUCACUACGGAGCGAAUACAUGUGAAGCUUGCAAGGGAUUUUACCGCAGAACUUUGAAGAAGAACGAAGUAGAUUACAAAUGUAAAUGUUUGCCGGAUGAUAAAGAAAGGUGGAAACGAGGUCUUAAAAACGGCUGUCCUGCGUGUAGAUAUGAAAAAUGCCUUGCUGUCGGGAUGUCAAAAAAUGCAAUAAAAAUCGGGAGAUACACAUUGAAUCAUAAAACCAGAAAUAUCAAAGAGGUCAAAAGUAUUGAAACAAUCGACAGUUUUAUCGCAGCUUUGACUGAAACUAUGUUAGAGACCACGUCAUCUUCCGCAGAUUUAGAAACUUUUACUGCUGCCGCAUCAAAUGAGGAUAUCGCAGAACUCUUCACGGAUCAGCCGGACGACGACAACAAACCGUUAAAGAGACAAAAACUAUCAUCGCCAGGCCCACCCGGGAACUCGGUGUUAAGUCUAAGAGAGAUAGAGUCGGUAGUUAAGACCUUGACAGAGGCUCACACAACACUGCAUUUAGAUGAGAGGAUCAACAUGUCGAAAGAGACUAUCCGGAAGAGACAAUAUGAAUAUCUGGAAAAAUAUAAGGCAAAGCUAGAGGUGUUCGGAAGUAUGGGAAACCUCACUAAAGACGAGAUAACAGAUUUCUACAAUAUCACUGGAAUAGACAUAGAUGGUCGAAUCAAGCAAGUAAAUGAUGCAUUUAAAUUCUUUAAAAAAAAAGGUACCUACAUCGUUGAAUUUGCCAAAGCAAUUCCUGGAUUCAAAACCCUUGGACUGAAGGACCAGGAAAACUUAAUCAAAGCCUCCCGUAUGGAAAAUUCGAUGGUCGCUGUCUACAAAACCAAAUUAAAAUGUAUUGACAAAGAGAGGCAAGUGGUAACUACCGCAUGGGGUGCGCAUAUGCACUUAGACGAAAUCAAGAGUCUUAUUCCGACUGAUUUGCUGCAUAAAAAACGUGAUGCAAUGGAAAAGUUACUAGAGUUGAGCUUGUCCGUCCAAGAGGAGGCUGUUCUAAGAGCAAUUCUUAUCGUCUCCUCAGAUCGUUGCAGACUUGACGAACCCCACAAGGUUGACCUAAUCCAGGAGAAGCUAGUCGCUUGUCUACAACAUCUGAUAAACAUCCGACCAGGUAGCUCCGGGGCUCUGCUCUACAGGAUUUUUAACCUGAUGACGAACUUGCGAGAUGUUACAGACAGGGAAAUGAGCUUUGCAAAAUCGCUUCUUGUUGAAUGGCCGAUUUUGUCUUUGGAUAAUUACAAUUUGUUAAAGAAUUUUGUAACUUAAACCGACUCAUUUGGACAGUUUAAUUGAAAUAAAAUCUUCUAAAUGUCAUCAAAUGUACGUGCUAUAAAAGUGAAUAAUUGUACAAAUUUUGCAAGCUGUUCUGAUACAUAACCGAAAAUAUUGUGCUGACGGAAGUGAACCAUUGACACGC